UGGUUAUCACAGAAAGCAACGAGCGAGGAGGGAAAAGGCAAGUACUCCAUUCAAACAGUUACAACUACAAUCCAUACAAGGUAUAUAUUGCUUCAUUCUUUCAUCAGUAACUUCUGUUUCCACUUGUUUUCACUUUCAUACCCAGAUUAAAGAAGUGUUUAGUUUAUCUAUUCAGUUCAACGAGAUUUUGUGUUCCCUCGUAUUUUGAACACCACCUGUUUGUUAAAAUAACCCAAUUGGCUGAGCCACCAAAAUGCUAAUUCUCCAAACUACUAUUGUGCCUGGAACCUUCUCACCUCUCCGUACAACAAAAUUUGAUACAUGUUUCUUGUCUUGUUCCACUAUAUCCACCCAUCACAUUGUAAAGCCUAUUUCAAUAUCAUGCUCAGUUUCAACAAACUCUAGUUCUAAACCUGAACCCGAGUCUAAUCGUAGCUCCAAACUAAGAGCAAAAAACAAGGGGAAAAGUUCCAAACCUGAAGAUGAUAUAUCUGUUAAUAAGGAUGGUGGAAAUUCGAAGGAUAUCUUCCCAACAAUAAUUCCAAGGAAGCCUAAGCGCGGUCGUAAAAGUGAGGCCAUGAAAGUGGAAGAUUUUGUACGCGAUAGGUUGGAGAAAACUUUUGCUGCAAUUCGGCAGCAAAAUGAGGAUGCUUUGAAGAAUCAUAAUAAUAUAAUGAAGGACGGUGUUGGAGAUGAUGCUAAAUCAAAACGCGUUGAUGAUGAUAGUGAUGAGGAGGAGGAUGAUAGUGAUGAGGAGGAGGAAGAAGAUGAAGAGGGAGAAGUUGGUGAAAAGGAGAUGGUGAUUGAGGAAGAAAGUGAGAGUUGGCCAUUGGAUACGGAUGUUGGGUGGGGAGUUAGAGCUUCUGAGUAUUUUGAGAAGCAUCCAAUUAAGAAUGUUGUGGGAGAUGAUGGUGUUGAAAUUGAUUGGGAAGGGGAAACUGAUGAUAACUGGGUGCAGGAGAUCAAUUGUUUGGAAUGGGAGAGUUUUGCUUUUCAUCCCAGCCCUUUAGUUGUACUUGUCUUUGAACGCUAUAACAGGGCAAGUGAUAACUGGAAAAAUUUGAAAGAGCUAGAGAAAGCAAUAAAGGUGUACUGGAGUGCUAAAGAUCGGUUACCUCCCAGGGCGGUUAAGAUUGACAUUAACAUCGAGAGAGACUUAGCUUAUGCCCUCAAAGUUCGAGAAUGUCCACAAAUUUUAUUUUUACGGGGCAACAAGAUGGUGUACAGGGAGAAAGAACUCAGAACUGCAGAUGAACUGGUUCAGAUGAUUGCAUUUUUCUAUUACAAUGCUAGGAAGCCUGCAUGGAUAGAUGACAAGGCCUUGUAUUUACGAUAUUAAUUGUUUUUUCAGGAUUAUCACACGAUCCUUGUUGCGUAGCAAUUCUAUAUUAAGAUAAUGAUGAAAUGAAAUAUAUAAAACUAGAUAUGUAUCAAGAUUAUUAUUCAUCAAUACAAAUAUAUAAAACUAUUCAAACGUAGAA